AUGUUGAAGGGAAGGGAGGGCAGGCCAGUGGCUGCCGUCAUGCAGGAGAGCUUCGGCUGCCCCGUUGCCAACCGCUUCUCUCAUCUCCUGGACGACGAGUCGGAUCCCUUCGACGUCCUUUGCGAGGCCGAGCGCCAGCAGCAGCAACGACAGAAACACAACGAGGCCUCGACGGGUGCAGCUGCUGCCACCAGGAGAGCCGGUCCCGGUGGCAGGGCGGGCAGCGGCAGGAGAGAGCCCCAGAAGGAGCGCAAGCAGCCCGGGAGGUCCGCCGCGCCCGGUACCACGUCGCAGACGGGUGCGCCGGCAGCGCUUCCUCAGCGAGGUGAGGCCGGGGGACCAAGGGGAGCAGAGGUAAAACAAGUACCUGAAUGGAAACCUGCUUUCAGGAAAUACUAUGACUAUGAAACUGAAAACCAAGAGGUAUUCACAAUGGAAAGACCAACUGAAAGAUCAGACCACAGAAGGCUCAUAAGAGGUCGUGGCAGAGGAAGAGGUGGUGGAAUAAACAGAAGUUUCAAUGGCUUUAACCAAAGAGAAAACCAGAAAUUUAAAAGACAAAGUGGGAAUGAUACAACAGGAAUGAAAGCAGGUGCCAAAAAGGGUGGGGGUGGAACUCACAACUGGGGAACAGUUAAAGAUCAUGUGAAUGGGAUGGAACAGACUGCUCCUGUGGAAGAGCCUGCAGAAACAGCUGAGCAGCCAGGGGCAUCUGAAGGAGAGCCUCUGAACAAAGUUGCUGAAGGAGAGCCAGUGGAAGAAGUAGUUCAAGAAAUGACCUUAGAUGAGUGGAAAAAUCUUCAGCAACAGAAUCGACCAAAGGCUGAAUUCAACAUCCGGAAGCCAGAAUCCACUGUUCCUUCCAAAGCAGUGGUGAUUCACAAGUCAAAAUAUAGACCUGAUUUGCAGAAAGAGGACUUUGAAGAUGAUUCUCAUGUCUUUCGAAGAUCAGUGAAUGACAUAACAUUUCAGCUGGAUAUUAAUUUUGGGAAUCUUCCUCGCCCUGGUCAAGGAUCAAGAGGACGAGGUGGCCGUGGUCAUGGCAGAGGAACUGAGGAGGCAGGACCUCAACCAAAAGUAACUAUUUUUUUUCAUAUGCAGCCUGUUGCUCCAAAUCCUGAUGAUCCUGAGGAUUUUCCUGCUUUAUCUUGAAGAACCAUCAUUAAUGGUGGUAUCUCGAAGUUGCUUUGGUGUAGCUGUGCAUAGACCAGUUUUGAUGCUGUUGUGGAUAAAGAAAGUCUUACUUCUACUGGGGAAGAUGUUUGGGUGUUGGGUUUUAUGCUGGUGUGGAUAAUGAAAGUAUUUCUCCUGGAGAAGCUGUUUGGGUGUUUAUGGAA